AUGGGCUGGACAAAUCUUCGCAAGCGCAAGCGCAGCGAUGACGACGAUGGUGAUGGUGAUGGCGGACUCGAGGCAGAGGUCAGAGCCAGGAAUGCAUGCGGACGUAAUAGCAGCAAACAGAUGCCCGGAAAAACGUACCGCUUCAACGAAGAACAGCGUGAGGUUCCAUGCUGCCUACUUGCGCUACCUGACGAUGUCCUGGGCCGUAUCUUCAGCUACGUCCUCAUCAAGGACGAGCCGAUCGUCGUCACCAAGAACACCAUGGAUCUGAGCGAGGAGCUUGCCGAGGUCAAGGAUUCGAGAGGACGUACAGAUAUCGUCCCGCUUGAACGUAUUGCGCUGCUUGGAACCUGCGUGCGCUUUCGAGAGCUUUCUCGGCCGAUCUUCUACGCCGGCAACGACUUCGUCGUCGCUGUUGAGAGCUUCAACGCGACGGCGAGUACGGCUUGGUGGAAUAAAGUCAACAACAUUCGCCAGCUGGAGGCUCAAGUACAGACCCCGCGGGUCAUUACCUUGGAGUCUCGCCACGUUCCACGUCCCAGACUGCUCUUCGCCGGCUAUCGAAAGCCGACCAUGAGCAGCUGGAUCCAGCAGUACCAUCACACAGUCACCACAGCUCGGGACGCAGCACCUCUCACAUCAGGUCACAUCUCUUUCGACAUCGACUACGUCCCCAACUGGGUCAACCUGAAGUACUGGCUCCAUGCUUACUACAAGGAUGAGCUGCCUCCUUACACCAUCAUGACAGCAAACGCACCGACACACCUCCAAGGCAUCGCGAUCGCUUUUAACUCCAUUAAAGCCUUCCUCCAUUGGGAAUGGGUCGAUGUCGCUGCCCAGAGUCUGGUGAAUAUUCGUGCCAACCUCAUUAUACAGGACUACAGAUGGGAAGCACGUUCGAGUAGGGCCCAAGUGGUCGAGAUCAAAGAAGAUGAGGAUAGUGAGAAUAUCCAAGAGAUUGGCGAGGACGGGGUGGCUGCCGCUAUGUCUGCUGCUAAGCUUGAAGAUGAUCAAGCAUGCACUUCCGAGGCGCUCGAAGAGUCUACCGCUCCUUCGGCGCUUGACACCCGGAUCGAAGAGUUGGCCGCCGAGCUUCCCGAUAUCGAGGGGAGAUACUUACUCCACGAUCGCGAGAAUGAGGACGAGGAAGAAGGUGAAGAGAACGAGUUCAAAGACAAGCGCGAUGCUUCAAACCCACACGACGAACCCAGCAAACCACUCGCGAAUGUCUCCUCCAACCUCAACCUCAAGCUACGUCGGUCCCCGCGAGCGCUUGUCUUCGUCAUUCCGCAAACCCUCUGGCAGCGGCACGGCGACUGA